GGGUUUGCAGCUCCCGGCUGCUGGACCUUUCUCGAGAGCUCCGGGGAGGUACGGCUUCCUGCCGGGACCGGCGGGCCGCGGUGCCCGAGCGCCGUGCGGGCAUGCGGGACAUGCUGACCUAGGGCACGGCUCCUGGCUGACCCCCAGCCCCGCUGCCCGGCCACGGCGUGGUCUGAGCUGGAAGGGACCACGAGGAUCAUCAGAGCGGUCCCGUGUCCCUGCACAGCAUCGCCCCCACGAUGGAGCCGGCUCCGGAGCUGAAGAGGAAUAGUUUCCCCAGCAUGAACUUUGAAGCAGAGAUUCUGACAACUCCACACGAUAAUUCAGAGCUCUACAUGAUUCCUUCCAUGAGAAGCCUCACGGCUGAGGAGUAUGUGGAGGCCUUUAAGUCAUUCUUGGAUCACUCCACUGAGCACCAGUGCAUGGAUGAGUUCAACAAGGAACAAAUGCCCAACAUCAUGGCCAGUCUCGGCACUGGAAAAUCAACCAUCAACGUUCUGGGAGUUGGGAGUGGCACAGGUGAGCAGGAUUUGAAAAUGAUCAGGAUACUGCAGGCCGUGCACCCGGGGGUCUUUAUUGACAAUGAGAUUGUGGAGCCCAACCCACAGCAUGUGGCAGCUUACAAAGAGCUGGUGAAUCAAGCUCAAGACCUGCAGAAUGUUUCUUUUAUUUGGCACCAACUCACUUCCUUGGAGUAUGAACAGCAGGUGAAGGAGAAAGGCACACAUAAGAAAUUUGACUUCAUCCAUAUGAUCCAGAUGCUGUACCGUGUGGAGGAUAUUCCCAAUACUAUCAAGUUUUUCCACAGCUGCCUUGACCAUCAUGGUAAACUCCUGAUCAUAAUUUUAUCAGACAGCAGCGGAUGGGCCAGCCUGUGGAAGAAGCACAGGGACUGCCUGCCCGCCACCGACAGCGGCCACUACAUCACCUGCAGCGGCAUCACCGAGGUGCUGCGGAGGCUCGGGGCGCAGCACCGCGUGUUCGAGCUCCCGUCGGGCUGGGACAUCACCGAGUGCUUCACCGAGGGGGACGCGCUCGGAGGCCGCAUGAUGGAUUUCCUGACGGGAACUAAAAACUUCUUGGGCACGGCCCCGGCGGCGCUGCGGCGGCGGCUGCAGGAUGCUCUGUGCCAGCCCGAGUGCAGCAGCACCAGGGACGGCAGGGUCAUCUUCAGCAACAACCUCAGCAUGAUCGUCGUGGAGUCCUAG